UGAAUAAACAUCACGAUGUGUUGUUAAUUAUGACACUCUCUCACCUCUCAGGCAUCAUGCAUGUGUGUGGCUCUAUUUGCAACCGAUGCAAAAGGUACUACUACUGUUACGUACAGCAAUGAAGCUACCUCGCAACUGGUAAACUUUAUUCAGAAGAAGAAAAGGGGCAUCCGGAUCUGAUAUUUCAGAACACGAAUUUAUGGCUCCCUCUGUUUCUUCCUACCUUUUUAACCCACACACACAUUUUGGCAUUUAUUAAUUGCUUUUUACUCUGAUAUAUCAUUCAAUUUCAAACCAAUAAAUAAGGCCUAUAUGAUUCCUCCUCCCUCGUAUUUGUGUUUUCAAAACGAAGCAAACUUAUCGCGAAGAAGCAAGAAUGGCUUCUGGUUCCGGUAAACCCCGCACUUAUCAAAUGGUGGUAGCCAAAGCCAAUCAUCGUAAAACUCGCACUCUUUUAUUGCUCAAGGAUUAUCUGAGGGACGACCUAAGUUCGUGUUCAUCCAGCGGUUUCAGAUCACUCCCACGUCGACAAUGCUGCCUGCAACAACUGCAACCUCGCGCUUCUGCUAAAUCGGUUCUGCAGAAAGCUUUAGAGGCACUGUUCAACGCCAUCAAAUCCCGAAACAAAGGCGGUGUUGGUGUUCUUUCUAGAAGCUUCUUCUGGAAAAAAGCAUCCAAGAGAGAGUCCAUUUCCACUUGUUCGUUAACCGACGUUGAGAUGGAAGGAUCAGUAACGACAACCAACACCUGCUCCGUCACGAAUUCCGCCAGGGUUGACUCUCGUGGAAAAAAGGAUUGGACGAAGGUGAAGGAACAAUUUAGUCCUGUAUCGGUGUUAGACUGUCCAUUAUUUGAUGAUGAUGAAGAGUCUACAUCUCCUUUCAGUUCCCCAUCGCGUUCCACCCUGGAAGGAGCCAAACAUAUCCAGCAGCGUCGACAUUUUAAUCGCGUUGACUUAGAGAAAAAGAUGUCAUGGUCAGAACUACGGGAAGAUGAAUCAAUAUACAACUAUCCCACAAAACCUUGUCCAGUGUUAGUAUCAAUUACGAGUACACAAAACGAAAAUAAUAAUCUGUUACAUGACAGCGUAGAAAAGAAUGCGCUCGACCUUCUCACUCGUGUUAAAAAUUCAAUUUCAUCUGUCUGUUUGAGAAUUGAGAUGGAGAAGUUGUUGUUUGAUUUCUUCAAGCAGAGUAUUUGGGAGAAUACUGAUAUUAAAAAUUCCAUGAAGUGCCAUCUUUGCAACGUGGCAGAGGAUUGGAUACGCGGGCAAUCUCAUGUACAAGAUUUGAGUUUGCAAACACGAAAGGGAAGGGAGAUAUACGUUAAGGAGAUGGACAAGUGUGGGAGUUGGAGAACUUUUGAAGAAGAAAUACAAGGCUUGGCUAUGGAACUCGAAGUUGAGUUCUCCACUAGGUUGGUCAACGAGCUCGUGGUUGACCUAACCAUGUGCUUUUUUUAAAUUGUGUACGUUGCAAGUAAUAUGUUUUCCCUGAAUUUGCAUAUAUUCGUUGAACUUGAACACGUUUACUAGUUUCUUAGCACUAGGAGAAGCUAAAUUGCCUAAUUUAUGUUUGCUCUCUACAGCUAGAAAUUAUUAGGUAAUGAAUCAUGUCCAUGGUCCCGAUUAAUGUUCAUG